GAUUAUAAUCAAUCGAUGGAAAUAAAAAAAAAGGUUUGAAAUGGCAUUGAUGGCUCAAAGCACUAAAUGCAAUGAAUUUCUAUUUCUUUACGAUUUAUAGAGUUUAUCCUACGCUCACAUCACAUAUACAAUAAAUGCCAACCAAACAAAUCCACCAGAACAACUACAAUCAACAACAAUAACAACAUUCAAAUAAAGCAAAACCGACCAACGAACGAAAGAAAAUCUCAUUCUAAACAUUUAACAUUCGAUCGUGUCUCGUGUGUCUGUAUGGCAAAAAUUGUUUACAAAUUUUCAGAUGACCAUCAUCAUCACCCAACGAUAAUAAUCAAACAUAAGGAUAGCCAUUAAACCAUAACAACAAAAGCAAUGAACAUUUGCCGAGUUGCCAAUUUAGUUGAAUCACUUUGAAUUGGGUUUUGUUUUGUUGAAUGAAGAAGUAGCAUUAUUGUGUAUCCAAUAUAUAUCUCAUAUGGGAAUGGUUGUGUGGUCGGAACAUGUAUAUAAUUUAUAUUCAUGACGCCUUUUUUCGUACAUCCAACCAUAAGCACAUAUCAAUCUCUCUGCAGAUAGAUCUACUACAACCACGACGACCAUGAAAGAAUGAACAGCUACAACAACGGCUACAACGAAUGGAAAAUCAUCAUCAUUGUCGACAAGUGAAAAAAAAGUCUUAUCCCAGUGAAAGUGAAAGUUUCAUUCAUUCAUUCAUUCAUUCGUUGAUACCUGCAUCAAACACAAAAUAACAAACAGAAAAUCGACAAGAAUCCACCGACAGAGAGAGUAUAUAAAUAUCGGUUUGGUUUGGUAUGUCUUUGUAUUAUGUGUCGGUUCUACUUUUUCAAUGAUAUUUGUAUAUUGAGACGACAUUUUGCUUGCUUGUAAAGUUGUGUCAUUCACACAUUCAUUUAUUGCGUGUGUUAAUCAACGUAUUUAUUCAAACGUUUCCUAGUUUUGUUUUGUUUUGUUUUGUUUUCUAUCAUCUGAACAAUCAUAAAUCAUCAUCAUAAAUUUUAUCAACCCAAAUUUAUUGUAUGUGUGUUCCAAUAACCUAGUUUUGUGGUUGUUCGUUGGUAAUCUGUUUUAUUGUUCCACUUUUUUUAGUGUUUUUUUUUGGUUGUGUUUGCUAUUUCAUUCAAUUAUUCAUUUAAAAUCAUCUAAUCACUGAAAUAAUCAUGGCACCAGAACGUAAAGUUCCUGUACAAAGGUCGGAUAAUAAUCUGAUUGAUCAAGAAUUCAGUUCAAUUCGUACACGAUUUGAAGAUGAAAUGAAAAAAAUGGAAGAAGAAAUGAAUAGAUUCCGUACACAACUUAUGGAUCGUGAACGAACAUUUUUUGGACCUAGUAGUUUAUCAAGUGGUAAUUCGACAACACGUUCAACAUUUGGUCGUGAAUUGGAAAGUUCAGCACCAGGUUCGAAAGUUGGACAGAUGACCACACAUUGGUUGGAUGAUCUUAAUUCACCACUUGUACAGGAUAGUCCAGAUGGUGGUAAAGUAUUAAAAUUACGUUUCGAUGUCACACAAUAUGCACCAGAAGAAAUUGUUGUCAAAACAAUUGAUAAUCGUCUUCAGGUCCAUGCUAAACACGAAGAAAAAAGUGACAAUAAAAGCGUUUAUCGUGAAUAUAAUCGUGAAUUUUUAUUACCGAAAGGUACGAAUCCAGAAUUGAUUCGUUCAUCGUUAUCAAAAGAUGGCGUAUUGACUGUCGAAUCACCAUUACCGGCAUUGGAAUAUCAUGAUGGUGAAAAACGUAUUCCCAUUCAACAUAAAUAAUGAAUAAUCAACGCCGAAAAUUUAAUGAUUUCUGGUGAUUGGAAAAAAAAUAUUAAUCAACAUCCAACACACACAUACACAUCAUUUAUCAUACCGGAUAUGCUUAAUUUUUUUUUUUUUUUCUUGUUUUGAUUGUUGUUCGUCGUAACCACAAUACAAAUCCACACAAACACUAACAAUAAACAAAACACAAGGCAGCAUUAUAUUCAUCAAUUUUUUUUUUUCGGUGUGCAUUUCAUUUGUAUUUAGAAUUUAAUUCUAUAUGGAUCAGAUGCCUUUAAAAAAGGGUUUAAAAUUCCUGAAUCGAUCAGUUUUUUUCUAUAACAUGUGGUCAUUUGUUUCUGUUCAUUGUCAUUAUUUUUUGGCUCAAUUUGAAUAAAUAAUUAAAAUCACUGAGGAUA